AUGAUUAUAAAUAGUAAUAAUAUGCUUGGUUUAGCGUAUAGAUGCAUUGGAGACUAUUAUUACAACAAAUUUGAAUAUGAAUUAGCACUUACAUACUAUGGAAAAUCAUUAACGUUAAUAAAUGAAACUGAGAUACAGAAUGAUAAAACAGAAAUUGCAUAUUUGAAUUAUUCUAUCGGUCGUUGUUUCUAUAAGAUUGAUCAAUCAAAUAUCGAAUUAUUGUUAGAAUAUUAUAAUAAAGCAUUAGAUUUCUAUGAAAUUUGUUUCUUUGAAAAUGAGUUUGAAAACGACAAAAUUAUUGACAUAGUUAAAACGAUUGUUUCACUAUACACAAAAAGAAAGAAAUAUGAAUUAGCUAUUGAUCGCUGCCAAAAAACAUUGUUAAUAAAUAAAACUAUUACAUCACAAAAUAAAAAUUUAAUUUCAUGUUUAAAUGAAGAAAUUGGAAAGUUAUACGGUAUAGAAAAAAACAAUAUUUUAGCUUGUACAUAUUUAAAAAAUGCUUUACAGCUGAAACCAUAUGAAACACAAAAUGAUCAAAUGCAAAUUGCUGAUUUAAACGCAAGUAUUGGACAUUAUUAUGGAGAAAAUAAUGAAAAUGACUUAGCUAUUGAACAUAGUUUGAUAUCGCUAAAAAUUUGGGAAAAACAACCAUAUAGCAAUGAAUCCAAAAUUAUUCUUUUUCAUCAGAAUAUUGCAACAUAUUAUAGAAGAAAACAAGACUAUAAAUUAUCUAUUGAUUAUCUGGAAAAAAUGUUAGAAGCACUGAUGAAAUAUGGGCCAAUAAGUGACAUUGAAAAUGAUGGUUUAAAAAAAUUGAUUCGUUGGCGUUAUGUAAAUAAAAUAUAUUUUGUUUCAGCUAUUGACUAUUUUACAGAACGAUUGAUCAUACACGAAAACAUAGACCAAAAUGAAAUAGAAAUUGCUAACUUAAAUAAUAUUAUUGGUUGGUUAUAUGAUAAAGUUGGUCAGUUUGAUCUUGCUUUAAAUUAUUGUAGAAAAUCAAUAUUAAUAUUUGAAAAAAGUGAAAAAUAUUUUGAAUAUGCGUUAGUUCUUAGUAAUUUAAGUGUGAUCUGGUAUCAUAAGAAUGAUUAUGACAAAGCAUUACAAUAUUGUGAACAAUCAAUUUCUAUAUGCAUGAGACGUAAAUGCAAAGAUAUUGCUGAUAAUUUUGAAUUACUUGGAAAUAUUUCUCAACAUUUUAAUGAGAAAACACUAGCUUAUAACUGUUAUGUUAAAGCACUGAAACUUUUUACACGAUUUACACCUGAAAAAGAUAUGAAACGUGUUAAUAUGUCAUUAAAGCUAAUUAAUUAG